UAUGCAAAUACUGGAUGAAAAUAAAGUUGAUUCUAUAUACCAGUUGAUGGCCAUGAUUGACCAGAAAUGUGAUAAACCAAUGAAGGAGGCAGACAUUUUCAAGAAAAAAAUUGAAGAAAAUGAAAAAUGAUGGAUUCAAAGAGCUUUGGACGACUGGUCAGUUGUCAGACAUCACGAUUGUCACUGACACAGAGCAAUUCGAAGCACAUAAAAUUCUUUUAGCUAUUCAGAGUUCAGUUUUUACUUCAAUUUUCGAAGAUAAGAUGAAAGAUCGACCAUCUGAUGUAAUCCAUUUAUAUUAUAAAUGCAAAUACCGUGAAAAUGUUCUUGAAAUUUCUCUACACAGAUGAGAUCGAAAGAGAAGAAGGUUCAAAUCUGCUGGAACUUUUCUCUCUCGCAGCAAAGUUCAAUGUCGAGAACUUGAUGACAAUGGUUGAAGAAAUGAUCACAGAUGAACUAAACGCUGACAACGCCAUUGAAAUAUUCGAACUUGCUUGUCUAUUCAAUUGCCAUGGGAUGAAAACUUCAGCAUUUGAAGUCAUUCAUUCAAUGUUUGAUAAACCAUUGAAAGACGAAUUGAUGAAUCAACCGGAAGUUGUAAAAGAUCUUGUUGAAGCUAAGAGAAAAUUUGAUUCUAUGAUGAGCAAAUACAAAAAUCUUUAA